AUGGUGAUUGCCGGAGCUCCUGAGCCAGCCCCAGAGCUCGUUGCCGCCUGGUCGGCUGUCGUUGCCAAGCCUCCGUCGGGGCCCGAAAGGGUGACCAUGGCGACGAAGCCCCCUUUACCGCCGGCUCCGCAUCCCGUGACAACAGACGCUGAAAAGACUCUUCCCCUCGUACCCACGGAGCCCCUUGGUGUGAGCGGGACGGGCCCGGCUGCCCGUGUUGCUGCUCCGCCUGCUCCGGCUGCUGCUCCUGUUCUUCUCGCUCCCUUGGUUGCGCCGACGGCGUCCGCUCCUGAAAAGGAAGUUGCUGAUCCCCCUGUUCCGGCCCCUGGCGCACCCAUUGCACCGGCCGCUUCUGUCCCCGACGUGCCUUCGCCGGUGUCCGAUUCGUCCCCGAAGGCGGCGUCCGCCACCACUGGCGGCCGGGCCCCGAUGGUUGAGACUCCAGCCGUGGACCCAACUGCACCCGCUGUGCUGCCGAUGGCCCCGAUAGCGCAGCCGUCUCGUCCCCCGUCGCCAGACCGCCGCCUAUCCCGCCCCCAUUCUCCCACACCCCAGCAGGAGCGCGAAUCGUCGCGGCGCCGGCGCAACUCUCCCCGGCGUUACCAGCAGCCGGCUCAAUGGCCUGCUCACCCUGGUGGCAAUGGAGGCUGGAGGGGUCCCCGCGGGCGUGGUGGUGGUGGGGGAUACUGCCCGCCUGUGAAAAUGGCUGAUCUUCAGCGGGAGGUGUCGAGGGCCGUGCGUGAGGAGAGGGCGGCGCAGAGCCAGAGCAGUUCACUGCGGGCCGUUCCAGCGCACGUGGCUCCUCGUCAGGCUGUGCCUCCCGCGGUCCCUCCGCCAGCUGCUGCACUUCCUCCUCCUGUCCUUGCCCCAUCGGCUCCUGCUCCUGCUGCCUCAGCUGCUAAUCCUGGGUCACGUCUUCGCCUGCCGCCCGUUCCGUCGGUGGCGGGUGUCGAGUUCGUUCCUCCUGGUGGAGGGGCGGUGGGGGCGCAGUACCCUCCAUAUCUUGCUGCUGAUGAGCCGCUUCCAUUCUUUGCGGUGGCACUUCAGCCUCCGCAGACCCGUAGCUCCCCAACCCCUACCCCCUUCCCAGCCAAGGAGAGCCUCCUGCGGUUGGGCGGGCCACCAGGGGUUGGCCCGGCCCUCUACUCACCGAAGUCCAGACCUCCCGAGCCUGCUCUGGGAGCCGGUUCCGAAGGUCCUGGAGCGUCACCCCUCCCGCCGCUACCCCCUGAAUUCCUCCCAUUGGCGACACCAGGUCUGUCACCUGCUGCAGGGGGUUGCCUGCCGCCAUCGCCGUGUGCCUGA